GGCUGGGGACUCCAGGGCUGGGCAUAUAAGCCGACGCCUAGAGCAGUGCGGGAACCGUGCGGACCAAACAGAUCUGCAACUUGCUCAGUCCUGCAUAGCGGAGCUGAUCCGAGCGGAUCGGAGCACGCGGGAGCACACCCUAGCAGGCUAAUCGAGAGGGCGUCUGUGGGACAAUGGAGAACGGAUACACAUAUGAAGACUACAAAAACACUGCAGAAUGGCUUCUGUCUCACACUAAACACCGACCUCAAGUGGCAGUAAUCUGUGGUUCUGGAUUAGGAGGUCUGACUGAUAAAUUAACUCAGGCCCAGGCCUUUGACUACAGUGAAAUCCCCAACUUUCCUCGAAGUACAGUGCCAGGUCAUGCUGGCCGACUGGUGUUUGGGUUCCUGAACGGCAGAGCCUGUGUGAUGAUGCAGGGCAGGUUCCACAUGUAUGAAGGGUACUCACUCUGGAAGGUGACAUUCCCAGUGAGGGUUUUCCACCUUCUGGGUGUAGACACCCUGGUGGUCACCAAUGCAGCUGGAGGGCUGAACCCCAAGUUUGAGGUUGGAGAUAUCAUGCUGAUCUGUGACCAUAUCAACCUACCUGGUUUCUCUGGUCAGAACCCUCUCAGAGGGCCCAAUGAUGAAAGGUUUGGAGUUCGUUUCCCUGCCAUGUCUGAUGCCUACGACCGGACUAUGAGGCAGAGGGCUCUCAGUGCCUGGAAACAAAUGGGGGAGAAACGUGAGCUACAGGAAGGCACCUAUGUGAUGCUGGCAGGCCCCAGCUUUGAGACUGUGGCAGAAUGUCGUCUGCUGCAGAAGCUGGGAGCAGACGCUGUUGGCAUGAGUACGGUGCCAGAAGUCAUCGUUGCACGGCACUGUGGGCUUCGAGUCUUUGGCUUCUCACUCAUCACUAACAAGGUCAUCUUGGAUUAUGAAAGCCUGGAGAAGGCCAACCAUGAAGAAGUAUUAGAGGCUAGCAAACAAGCUGCACAGAAGUUGGAAAGAUUUGUCUCCAUUCUUAUGUCCAGCAUUCCACUCCCUGACAAAGCCAGUUGACCUGCCCCGAGUGGUCUGGUGUCUCCCACACAAGAUCCAAGUAGCUGCUACCUUUGGCACCCUACUGGAGUCAUGUGCCUCUGUCCUUAGUUUUUAGCAGAAAGGAAAAGAUUCUUAUCUUUUACCUUCCCCACUUUCUUCCACCAGAUCCUUCUGGUUCCAGAUCUUCUUCUCAAAGCUGGGAUCACAGGUGUGAACAUAGUGAGACUUUGGCGCUACAAAAUAAAGCUGUUCCCAUUCCUGGUUUUUCUUACACAAGAGCUGGAGUCCAUGCCCUACCACACAUCUGCGGGCUCAGUUCUGCCUUAUCUGAAUCAACAGAGACCAAACAAGGACUAACUCAAUACCUCUUGGACUUACUUAAUGUCAUAAUGUAGUCAGAAUAAAGAUAAAGAUGAAAUGA